UGUGUGGGAUGCUGCCCUUGUCCCCUCCCUGCUCGCUCAGUUCUGCUGCACUGACUGAAAGAAGCAUGAUGCCUGCAGAGGGUGAGAAUAUUCCAUUAUAUACUCUUUCUAACUGGGAAUCGACCAAGCAAAAUGCAGAGUGCAGUGUUUUAGCGUUGGAGAAGGCAGAGAGCUUGGCAAGGGGAGCAGCACUCAAAUGGGCCUCUGGCAUAUUUUCACGCCCUGAUCAGCUGACAAGGCUUGGGCAUUACCGAAGACGUGAAACUCAGCGCAACAACUCUAUACAAACCAGACUUAAAUCGGCAGUCCAGUCCUAUUUGGAAGGAGUUGAACAGGGAAUAAAGCAGCUGCACAGCGCACUCACAGAAGUACAAAAUGUGCAGCGAGAACUAAGUGAAGCACAGGGCAUCUGGCGCAAGACUAAUGGACAACUCUCACGCCUUCAGCCCAUUCGAAAUCUGGUGGCAGAACAUGUACAGCUUUCUGUUGUUAUCCAAAGCCUGCCUUUUAUCUACACAGUACCUGAGCUUAUUUCUCACACUAAAAAUUUGAUUGAGACCCAAAAUCUACUGGAAGCUCAUCGGAACCUAAGAGAAUUAGAAAGCUUUCGAGAUAUUGUACUUUAUAGAUUACAGAGGGUAAGGCCAUUAGAGGAUCCCAGUUGUUGUACUGGUGAAGAUGUGCAACACGGUGAAGAUCCAGCAGAACUGGUACAGCAGUUUUUUGCAGGCGUAAAUAAUUUGAGUGAAGAUUUGGGUCGUGUUUUGUUCUCAUUGGCCCAAUCAUCAGUGAGCUUGGCACGUUCAAAUCCAUCUCUGUUAGUUUCUGCUGUCCGUAUAAUUGAACGUGAGGAGUAUCUGGAUGAAGAAGAUACAAAAGGAUCUCCACAGCAGCUCUGGAGACCACCAGGGCGUCCAAAACACUGGAGGGAUAGUUUCUUUCAGGCUUUAGAAAGGGGUGUGUGUAACAGGCUUAUAGGGUCUGGGUUACAGGAGGAGGAUAUUACACCAACAGGCCUAGCAACUCAUUUUAAGGACCUUCAAAGUAAAGUGUUAGAUGAGCUACAGGCAGUAUGCUCAGUGCUAGCUCCAUGUGUUCCGCCACAGUAUGAAGUCUGUCGAGCUGUUGCCUUGAUGUGCCACCAUGCCAUUUCUCGCCAUGUUCGUGAUAUAUUGAGCCAUGAUCUGGCCCACCCUGCCUUGUAUCGUGUACUCCAUUGGUCAGUUAUUGUGUACCCCAGUGAAGACAUGAUUGGACAUCAGGAUUUGUCUCCAGAGAUAGAUGCAACAGAGUUGGGAGCUCUUCUUUCCCCUGAAUUCUUGGAAGAGCAGCAGAAUCGCUACACUCGCAGUGUAAAGGUAUGCUUGGCUCAAUGGAUCCAGAAGGCUUUAGAAGUGGAAUAUUCUGAGUGGUUUAGAGAGCAAGAACCAGAUAAAGACCAGGAUGGACUGUACCUUUCCAGUCUUCAGCAACUUAUUAUGCAGAUGCUUGCAGAGAACAUGCAACUGGCCUCAGUCCUCGGUGAUUCUCUGGAGAGUCGGAUGAGAAAUGCUGCUGUGCUAGAGAUGGAUAACUGCUUGGUUUGGCUACGAGAGGCUCUAGUUAAAUAUGGCAUUGAACAUAUGAAGGACAGAACAAACCCAACAUACUACAUACCCUACCUGGUGGCCAUAAUAAAUGGUUGCACUGCUUUAAGUUCAUCCAUCUCCUACUUGCAGCCUGGGGAGUCUGCCAAUCCUGUAAUCAGGAAAAAUGCACCCUGCUUGCAGAACUCAUUAGACAAGACCCAAAAGAAAGCAUGCCACUUACUUCUGGAUGAGUUGCAGACAGAGCUGCAGCCUCUUUUCUUGCAAAUUCCAUCACGCACCUGGUUGUCAGGAUCCGAUAUCAUGCGUAUCACCUGUGAGAAGGUAGAACUUUUCAACCAGCACUUAUCCAUGGCCAGAGCUCCUGUGUGUCAGUUCCUUCUGGCACAGACAGAAAGGAUGUUAGUAAUUGAGUAUGUCAAAGCAUUCAUGCAUAGCAAGAUGGUGUGUAAGAGCUCUUUGGAAAGGCAACAGAUGGCUGAGAGGAUGUCUUCAGAUGCUGAGGAGUUAAGGGCAGCUCUAAGCAGAAUGGGUUUAGAGGAGUCCACUCUCUGUGUUCCACUUAUUUUGUCAAUCCAGGAGAUUUUUGCUCUCAAGGAUCCAUCAUUACUCAGCUUGGAAGUUUCGGGAUUAAUGACCUCAUUUCCAGAUAUCAGUGAUGAUCAUGUUCUUGCUCUUAUGGAGCUCCGUGGGGAUGUAAGCAGAGACCUUCGGCAUACUGUGCUAAAUAUGAUGCAGCAGCAGACAUUGACCCUUCCCAAGGAUUACCGUCCAAUCUUCAUGAGCAUAUCUGUACCAGCACCUGCACCACCAUUUUGCCUCCAUCCCAGCUCAUGUGCUUAAUUUGUCUGUAUGACAGCAAUCAUCUCCAUAGCCUCAUAUAUCAACAACUAUACCUUAUCAGUUUCUUAUCAGAUGGUACAUACAUUUCAUUUUAAACUACUGUUUUUGCACAAACUACUUAUUCUUUAUGGACGCCUUUUCAAAAUUUUCAAAACUUUGUUUUCUUUGCAGCACAUCUUAUUUAUCUCCUUUGUUAGUAAUGAAUCCAUACCCCCAGAAAAAAAUUGGUCCUUAAUGCCUUUUAUUCUAAGUGCCUAAUAAAGUAAAAAAAAUGUUGUC